GAGCAAUUAUGUUAGAGCUUCCUAAAUAAGUAAGUGUCUAUGUAUCAUUUGUGAGCCUCUUUUUUUUUUUUUUUUUUCUUUUCUUCCAUCAUAUUAUGUCUUCACCCUAUGCAAGUAAGCCAAACUAUCUUGUCCGCCAUGAUCUUGUUGCACAACUUGAUAUCUUGUUGCACUACUUGAUAUCUUGUUGAAUCUUAUAUAGAAGAAUAAUAAAAAAUAAAUGGCACAACAAGGGCUUUUGGUACUUUUCUUAUUGGCAUUGUUGUGCAAGGUGAUGUGUACAAGAUCACACCACCAAAGCACAAAAGACCCUUUUACUAGCUCAAUUGAUGGAAGAUUUUGCUUGAGUUGGAGAUUGGCAGUGGAGACAAAUAAUGAGCUUCCAUGGAGAACAGUUCCAAAUCAAUGUUCUCAAUAUGUUGAAGAUUACUUGAUCCAUGGGCAAUAUGAAAGGGACUUGGAAUUAAUAAUGGAACAAGCCUUGAAUUAUGUGAAUGGCUUACCUCUUGUUGGUGAUGGCAUGGAUGCUUGGAUUUUAGAUGUUGAUGAUACUUGCAUCUCCAAUAUUUAUUAUUACAAAAGCAAAAAUUAUGGGUGUGACCCAUAUGAUCCACCAGCGUUUAGGGCAUCGGCAGUGAAAGGAUGGUGCACAGCAAUUCCUCCCGUAUUAAGGCUAUUUAACAAGUUGUUAGAUAAUGGAUUUAAGGUAAUACUACUUACAGGAAGAGAUAAAGAGACACUUUAUCAAGCUACCAUUGACAAUUUGCACAAUCAAGGAUACAUUGGAUAUGACCAACUAAUUAUGAGGACAACAACAUAUAAAGGGCAGAGUGCAGUGAUGUAUAAAUCAAAUAUAAGGAUGCAAUUAGAGAAUGAAGGUUAUAGAAUAUGGGGUAAUGUGGGGGAUCAAUGGAGUGAUCUCCAAGGAAACUCUUCUGGAAAUCGUGCAUUCAAGCUCCCAAAUCCUAUGUAUUUUGUUCCCUAACUAUCCCAUAUCUUAAAUCUAUGUAUGUCUUUACAACUUAAUUCGAGUCCUAUUUAGGGAUUGAACCCGUGAUCUUGAUAAAGUUAGAAGAGACUCGCGUCAUCUCAUUUAAGUGCUCUUGGAUAAGGUUCGCAUUCUAGAAUGCGAAACGAACUGAGUUUGCAUUCUAGAAUGUGAAUUGUUUUUUUCCUAAUUUUUGCUAUUACACGCUCACAUCCUAUGUUACGAGGUGGUGAGAUUAGAAGGCCAGGCGGGGGGUGCGUGUGAAACUCAGGGGCGCAGAAAGAAGAAUCUAGAAACAAUAUUGAUUUAGCCCAACUCUUUUCUGGGAUAUCUUCUAUUUAAAGAAGAUUGCUUUUUAGGCCCCCGUGUUCCUCUUAAACACCCCAAAAAUCUCAAAAUAACCUUAAAUUUGGGUCCAGGAUGAUAUGGAUUCUAGAAUUCGAAAUAGAUUAGGACAAGAAAAUUACAGGUUUUAAUCAUGCGAACCGAAAUGGACAAGCAAAUUAAUAGGUUUGGAUUGUACAAUUCGAAAUAUUAUUUUAUGCAGAAAAUUACAAAAUGAACAAUUUACAAAAUUUAAAAAAACUGUCUAGUUUGGCAUGUAGGAUCCGAAAUGGUUUC